GGCUGACGAUUCCGUGCUUUUUGCUGCGACUCAUCUCAGGGAACUCGAUGGAAUUUCUCUGCACUCCGGCCCUCGAUUUUCAUUUUUUUUUUCACACUUGUUCUUUCUUUCUGAGAUAACUAGUUUUUCCUUUAUAAUUGUUUACACUUCAUCAAGAUGACAACAGAAACCAAAUCCCCGGUAGAGAACACCGUUGAAACUCCAAUGGUUGAGGCUCCCGUUCAGAGUGAGCUUGAAUUCAAGGUAUUCGUCGGCAAUCUGUCAUUCAAGACAGAGAAAGACAAAUUGGUCGAGUUUUUCAAGACGGCAGGCACUGUUGAGGAUGUGAUUAUUAUCAAGCGUUUCCGCCGAUCGCGCGGUUUCGGAUUCGUUUCCAUGUCUUCCAUGGAAGAAGUCGAAAACGCAGCCAAGACUCUCGAUAAAAAGGAAUUGGACGGUCGUCCAAUCAAUGUGGAAGUCGCUCGUCCGAGAAGUCCUUCGUCUCGCGAUAGAAGCAAGAACACCAAGAAGCCCAGACGCCAGAAAAAGAGAAGAUCGCGUAAAGCGAGAGCCGCAGAGACGUCCUCUGACAAGACCGAAUCUGUCCCUGAGACCAAGCCAGAGGCCGAGACCAAGGAACAAUCUGCAUCUUCUGCUACUGAACAAGAGGCAGCCCCUGCACCGAGUACUUCUAUUCCUGCUGGUAAAGUGAAGACUGGUAAAAAAGCGACACGGGCGGCAAGGCUUCCUCCGAGACCGUUGACUGAAGUUUCAAAGACGGCGAUUUAUGUGCCUAACUUGCCAUUCUCCGUCAAGGAUGAUGCCUUGGCUGAACUUUUCAAGGACUACAAGAUCAAGUCGGCUACCAUUCCCAAACUUAAAAAUGGCCGUUCCAAGGGCUAUGGUAUUGUGGAUAUGGAAUCGGAAGAGGAACAGAAACGGGUGCUGGAGAAUUUUGGUGAGGUCAUGGUGAAGAACCGCAAAGUGACGGUCAAGGUGGCCAUGUUCCCCGGUGAGGAGACUGCAACCGAAGUCGAAGCGACGGCUGCAAAGGACAAUGACCCCGACGUCAAAUCUGACACCGAUAAUGGGAAGGAGAAGGAGACAAAACCACAAGAAAAAUCCUUGGAAAAGGAAAAGACGGUCGACGCAAAGAAAGAUGAGACCAAGGAGAAGAACACAGUGCAGGAUAAGAAGAGCAAAGACCAAGAGCCUGCAAAGGAGACCAAGCCAGCUACAGCGAAUGCGACCAAAAGUAGUGAAAAGAAAGAGUCAGCAACCAAAGCAGACGCACCCGCAGAUAAACCCGCAGAUAAACCCGCCAAGUCAGAGCCCAAAUCAGAAGACAAAUCAAAGAAAGACCUGAAAGAAACUCCCAUCGUGCAGGCCGUGAAAUCCUAAAUCAUUCCUAAAGGACAACUUGCUCUUUUUCUAUUCAAACAAACUCUGUUUUUUUAAAAAACGAAAAAAAAACCUGAUAUCCUUACGCGACAUGCUUUGAAUUACUUUCUUCUUCUUUUUGAAAAAAAAAGAACCAAAACCCCCUUCCAGAUGAAUCAAUAAAAAACGACCUUUCACAAUUUUU